UCUCGUUACGUCACGUCAAUCAGCUGUUGAGCGCAGUGUUUUGUGGUCUUGACAAAAGCAAAAUGAGUUUUUUAACAAAGCUAACACCGCAGUUGGCCCUCGUCCAGUCACAGGUUAGCAAAGCGGCCUUACACACUAGUGCCGUUUGCUGUCGCGUGCAAUCCGGUCGCUAUCGCAUAACCACAAAGCGAGACAGACCGCUUACCUACGAAAUGGCAAACCCUCCUCAUUUCAUUGGGCACCGCAAGUCCUGGAACUCGUGGAAUACAUCCACAUUAAAGGAUGGUCUGCGCCCAUCACAAACCGCUAUUGAGGAUGUUUUUAUAAGGAAAUUUAUAACUGGAACAUGGCAUGCGUUGGUCUGCUCCGAGGUGAUUAUUAAGCGUCAGCAUAACACAAUACGCAUUGCCGGCAUCAUUCGUCAGGCGAUAAGUCCGCGCAAGGUAUACUUUUUAGUCGGUUACACGGAAGAAUUACUCUCCUAUUGGCUACAAUGCCCCGUCACCCUAGAAUUGCAGACAGUAGCGGACAAGAAGGAUGUGGUUUUCAAGUACAUUUAGUUGUUUGUAAUCUUAGCUGCCUUAUAAUAUACAUAAAUCGUAAAUUUCUUAAAAUGUUGUAA